AUGAACUACAUAAAUACAAAUUUCUUGACGCUCAGGGAUCUAGAUCAGGUCGAUGAAAAGAUCGCCUCGCUUGGAGAGGAGAAGAUUGCAAUUGAAAGUGAAUUGAGAUCGAGAGUCUCUCCAGAUUCCUCGUCAAGUUCCGUUUCGCCAACUGCAAAGAGAGUGCUUGAACAGCUCGCAUCAGAGAAUGUAUGUCUAGAUACAGUCAAUGAAUUGAUCUCCGAGUAUGGUGAUCUCCAGGUUUUCACGCUGCUCAGGAAUCUUCUACAGAAAAGGGCUGGGUUGGCACAGUCGACCAGUACUCUAGAGAAAGCGGCCAAUUUGGAGUCUCAACUUCUAAAAAUUGGUUCUCAUACAAGCACCGCCGAAUUGAUAGAGCUUUUCAGGGGUUGCAAUGAUAUUAUUCUGUCGAAAGACGCACCUGGUGCCGUCCAAAACACGCUAAAAGAACAUCAAAGAGUAAUAGGACAAGACCGCCGCAAGGAAUUGUGCCAACGCUUGUCUGAAGACCUCUCUAAAAUCAACUGGCUCUCUGUGAAGGAAGCCGUGACUAUUGAUCCCACCCAGCUUCAGUCCAUCUCCCGCGCUUUUAGCGAUUUGAUUGACUUGGAGGCUACUAUUGAAAUGCCAACGUAUCCUACCACUUGGUGGGCCAUCGAGACGCUUUUGAAGCCGUUCGAAAUAAGAUUCAAUUUUCAUUUCCGUCAAGACACGAAAGCAAAUCGUAUCUCCAAGCCUGAGUGGGCUUUCACAUAUGUGGAGGAGUUUCUAGCCGAGAACCUCCCGACCAUUGAGCUCGUCAUCGGCGAUUCCCUUUUGAAGCAUAAACGUAUUGCAGUGUUUGAAGUCAUCACCGCGGUGUUGAAACCAGUUCGUGAUAAAGUAGAGGAAAUGAUGCGGAUGAUCAACGCAAACAUAGAGGAGAGCACAGAGGAUGAGCAUGUUGCUGAACAAAACGGUAGAUUGUUAUCGCACCUUAUGUUUGAAAGUACCUCCUUUGACCAAAAACUUCGAAACACCUACAAAUUCAACCCAUAUAUCCAAGACUUCAAAACAGCACCUGAGAAGAAAUGGAUGGGUCUCACAGGAGAUGUGCUAGUGAGCAGAGAUAACGAAAGCAUCGCGGUCCAAAACUGGCUCAAUUUGGAGUUGCAGUUGGCAAAAAAGAGAUUCGAUAAGGAGAUUAUUGGAACACCGAAUGCUUUUUAUGUCGACACGGAUUUCAGCGCUGGUUCGAAACAAAAGCUGGCCACCAUACAGCCCAGUUUUUCUGCGUAUGGCUUGGCAAAACUAUUUGAAAACCUUACAACUCAUUUCAAAACUCUCAGCAUUGUCAAGUUCCAACUCAAGUACGUCUCUCGCAUUCUGUUGCUAUUUCUUGAUGAAUACUUGGAGGCAUUGAAUGCACAAUUCCGUACUUUCUGUGAAUCAACUGGACUGAAAAUUAUCCUGACAUUCCUUCCGGGAGGCAGCAAAACUGAGCAGGCUUCGUCGUUGCAAGCCGCUACAGCUAAUGGAUUGAAAGCUCUUGAGUCUUUAUUGGGUCUCUAUUGCCUGACGAAAUAUAUUAUCGGUAAGAUGAAAGACUGGAGUGAUGAGUUGAUCUACAUCCAGCUUUGGGAUUAUUACAAGAGCAUAACCACCAAGUCUGACUCUGAAGUUUCUAUCUUCAGCUCUACUAUCGAAGAGUACAAAUCUCUUCUUAACAAGAUCGACCAGCAUUUCGAUAACUUUUUCCGUAAACAGACCAAGGAAGCCUUGAAGGAGUAUGUGAACGGUUUCGAUUGGGUUGAUAGUGCUUCCACCGAACAAGAAGUGAGUCCCCAACUCGUCAGUUUUGUGACCACCAUCAAUGCUUAUUUGUCCUAUUUGAAGAAAAAUCUUCCUGACGUUGAUUAUUAUCUUUUGGCCACCAAAUUCUGCGACUGUCUCUACCUGACUUUGUUGGAGUAUGUUGUGCGCAACAGUAAGUUCAGCAAGAGCGCAGUUGCCAAAUUACGGAUAGACACUGAGUAUUUAGAAACCCACCUAGGUGAAGUUUUGCUCCUCAGUCAGCUGGCAGCGAUUUCAAACAGAGACAACAAGGUCCUUGCGAAGGUGCAUGAGUCGAUAGAGCUAUUGGGCCGUUUCGACGUGAGCACCGCCAAAGUCAUGAAGACCCUGUUCAGCGAUUCGGAAGGAAUAAGAGGCGAAUUUGAUGACAGACUUGAGCAUCUCACCGACGAGGAUAUCCGUGACUUACUCUACAGAAUAGUCUAG